CUGCGCAGCACUGCACCCUACACUAGCCUGUGCGAACUUGCCUCUGCCAAGAAACGUGUCCCUCGCGCCGCGCCGUCUGUUUCCAGGACAACCCCUGCGUCUCCUAGCAACCACGUGCGCGGCCUGGGCGCCCCCCCCUCCCCCCGAGCCCACAGCCCUACCAUGGCGGCCGCGAACCCGAGCGUCUUCCUGCUCAUGGUCAAUGGGCAGGUGGAGAGCGCCCAGUUUCCAGAAUAUGAUGACCUCUACUGCAAGUACUGCUUUGUGUACGGCCAGGACUGGGCCCCCACAGCGGGUCUGGAGGAGGGGAUCUCACAGAUCACAUCCAAGAGCCAAGAUGUGCGGCAAUUGCUGGUGUGGAACUUCCCCAUCGAUGUCACCUUUAAAAGCACCAACCCCUAUGGCUGGCCACAGAUCGUGCUCAGUGUUUAUGGACUGGACAUGUUUGGAAACGACGUGGUCCGAGGCUACGGAGCAGUGCAUGUGCCCUUCUCACCCGGCCGGCACAAAAGGACCAUCCCUAUGUUUGUCCCAGAAUCUACGUCUAAACUGCAGAAGUUUACGAGCUGGUUCAUGGGACGGCGGCCCGAGUACACAGAUCCCAAGGUGGUGGCUCAGGGUGAAGGCCGGGAAGGAGCCGGCCCAAGAAUUUUCCUGGAGCACGUCACAGAUGAAGGCCUGGUCAGAGCACAGAAGGUUACCAUGUCUGUUCCCACUGGAGCCCUUUACCUCCCAGUGAGGGACAUGGGCCGGUCGUCCCCACUUUACAGAAGAGAAGGCUGAGGCUGUCUCAAAGCAGCCUACGUGUGUGUCUGCCCCAGCCCAGCCAAUCCUAUCCUUCUGUCUCCAGUGACCCGUGUCCGCUCUCAGGGCUUUGUCACCCUCCUCUUCAACGUGGUGACCAAGGACAUGAGGAAGCUGGGCUACGACACUGGGCCUGCAG